CCUGUCGCCAACCUUGCUCCUGCGCGUCGAGAUAAGGCGCGUCGUUGCGCGAGCAUUUGCCUCGCUGCGGCCUGGGACAGACCUGUGAGCGUCGGCGCCCCGCACCAGGCAGAGGCAGAGACGCAAGCGGCCCUGCGCGCGGCAAGGCGUGGCGAGCUCUAGCGGCAGGUGCGCAAGGGGCAGACUGGACUCAACUGCAACGUCGCAUGCAGCACGGCGCUCAGCUGUCGCCGACGCUGCGUCCUGCCGAGACAUCAGCCCACCCGUCCUCGCUCACCGUCGCGCGAAUGCGACGCGCAGAGGGCCGUCCAACAGCCUCAUAAGCGCUCGUGCCGCUGCGAUGCGGCCCGGCUCGCACAUCCAACAUGGCCUCUCGUCUUAUCAGCGUCGAUGCAAGCAGCAAAACCCUCCACAUCGCCCUGCCAACCUCCAGCCAUGCCCUCGCCACAGCGCUCGAACUCGAGCCGAUCUUUCCUGCGCUCGUGUUCCAGGAGGCGCCGAUUGUGCCGACUACGACAGCAAGUAUCGCUGCAUACCGAGCGCGGCGUGCGCAGAACAGCGUGACGAAGCAGAAGAUCAGCGUGGAUCUUCUGGGUCGAGUCCACUCCCUUUCUCAUCCGCGCUGGGAGAUCGUCCGUACCUGCGUCGUCGACGAAGCGUCUUCAAGCUCGGAGCAUCUCGGCUCGCUUCCCGCCGGCGCACUCGCGCGUCGCGUGGACGCAAGCCUUGCCCGAGCGCUCGAUGGCUGUCUAGCAGCCGCCGCAAGCACCCCUCGCACGCUCUCUCUCUCUUCCGAAGCCAUGUACUCCCAUCUCGAUCUGGAGAUUUCCCCCGCAGGACUGCGGCAGUUCUCCAUGGCGCUGUCAGACUCCUUCGCCGGGAAGAAGGAAGGCGUCGAGCGGCUUGCCUGCUGGGACGCCACUCGUGCUCGCAGUGCAUUGUCGCUUCACGCGCCUGCACCGGUGCUCGCAGAUGGCAACGCCGGUGAUCACAUCUUCAGAAGCGAGGAUGAACUCCAGCCGAUGCUCAACGUCGGCCUCUUUGCCGCGUCGAAUCUGCUCCUCUCCGUCGCGCGCCAUGAUGGCGGUACUCUGCUGUGGGUGCGCGAGAGAGACAUCCUCAACAUCCUCCCGCCCGUCAAGACAUGUCUCGAGGACGGCAGCGAGCCCGACUGGUACCUUCUGCAGCGACGCGGCGAAGAGUGGAAGGUCGCACUCGUUCUGGAGCUCAAGCCGUUCGUCACGCGCGAGUUCCUGUCGGAUGCCUUCAUCGACGAAGAGGGCAAAGGCGGGGCGGCGGACCACCAGCACCUUUGUGCGCAGCUGUUCGACCACCUCUGCGGCACUGGGGCGCCGGCGGCCAUCGUCAUGACCGGAGAGGAAGUCGUCUUCUUCGAGGUGGACCCGCGUGGCGCCACCGCAGCGUCACCGUUCGACUUUACGCUUUCCGCACACCAGACGCUCUUCGCCCACUCCGCAAGCCCCGAGCAUGACGCGGACCGCUUCUCGGUGGUGCGCAACCGCAAUCAGGUGGCAGUCGUGACGGGGCUGGCGCUGCUCGCCGCCGAAGCCGCACCCACACGUCGUCGCGAGCCCUUCUUUCUGCAAGCCGAGCUGCAGCGCCUCAUCGCCCUCGCUGCGGCUACAGCUGCCGCACCCGGCGGCCUUCGCCGAGGGCCAGGUCCUGCGACCGGUCCUGCGAUCGGUCCGGCGCCUGGUCCAGGCGGCACAGGCGAGGGCUCCGGGGCCACGCCUGGUGCAUCGAACACAGCGCCGCCGUCGCACAGUGGCCAGACGCAGGGUCUUGCCACCACUGGCCCGCCUCGCGACGCCGCCUUGUGUCUGAAACACCGCUUCGACCCAUUUGCACAAGGUGGCUCGGCGCUCGCAUACCGCGGCUGCAUCGGUCACGCUCCGGCCAGCGACACACACUUCUGCAUUGACCUGUCGUAUCGCGAGGCGCCCUGCUGGCCAGACCUCUCCCCGUCAAUAUGCGCAACGGGCCACACGCCUGUCGUGGUCAAGAUAGCGCUCGGCCCAGGCCAAAUGGCCAAGGACAAAUUAGCAUGGCUCGACGAGCUUUCCGAGCAGCCCAGUCCCGCCCAACGCCUCGAGCGCGAAGCAGCCACAUACGAGGAGCUGCAGCCUCUACAGGGCAACGUUCUGCCCAGGUUCUACGGCAUCGCGCCCGGCCAGCGUCGAGGCUACGUGUACCAGGACGUCGGCAUCGCGCUGAGCGAGAUCCUCACCAAAGUCCUCGAGGACGGAGCCCAUGUGCCGAGGCUCUACCACACGAUCAAGCAGCACAUCAAGGCGUUGCACGCAGCCGGCUACAGCCACGGCGACAUUGCUGACCGCAACGUCUGCGUCACGGCGGUCGAGAGCACCCUGUGCGUGCGGCUCAUCGACCUGGGCAGUGCCCAGAAGCUCGAAGCCGUCAGCAGCAGCGAGCGCAAGGAGCUCGAGGAGGGCGACUUCCAGAACCUGCGUGAGAUCUUCAGCCUGCGCGGGUCGGACCCGGAGCCACCGCUCCAAAGCGACGACUCGACUGAGGCGCUCUGAGCUCAGUCUUCGAGCCACAUUCUCUGACUGUUUACAGACAGCACUUGUACUCUAUACACCGCAUG